AUGGCUAGAAAGAGAAACUUUAAGAAGGGCAACAAGAAGACAUUCGGAGCCAGGGACGACUCCAAUGCCCAGAAAAACUGGACUGAGCUUCAAAAAGAAAACGAAAAAUGGGAAAAGUAUUACAAAGAUUUGGGCGUCAUUCCAGAGGAUCAAUGGGAUGAGUUCAAAAAGACUUGUCAGGCGCAGCUGCCAUUGACUUUCAGAAUUACCGGGUCCAGAAAACAUGCUCACGAGGUCUUGUCUCUUUUUGAAGAGCAGCAUCUGCCUAAUCUAACCAACUGCGAGUUCGAAGGCGAGAUUAUCAAGGCACCCACAAGACUACCCUGGUAUCCAGAAAACUUGGCCUGGCAGUUGGACGUUUCUAAGCAGGCCAUUAGAAAGAACGAACAAUUCUCGAAAGUGCAAAGAUUUCUAGUGGUCGAAAAUGCGGUGGGCAACAUAUCGAGACAAGAAGCUGUUUCUAUGAUUCCACCAAUUGUCUUGGAUGUCAAGCCAGAACAUGCGGUUCUCGACAUGUGUGCUGCUCCUGGUUCGAAAACUGCUCAAAUGAUCGAAGCUCUUCAUGCAAAUGACGAUGAGCCCACUGGAUUCGUGGUUGCAAACGAUGCUGACCACAGAAGGUCACACAUGCUUGUUCAUCAAUUGAAAAGACUCAACAGUGCAAACCUUGUUGUAGUGAACCAUGAUGCCCAAUUUUUUCCCCGCAUUAAAACUGACAAGGAUUCUAACCAGUUCUUGAAGUUCGACAGAGUGCUCUGUGACGUUCCUUGCUCGGGAGAUGGUACUAUGCGUAAAAACGUCAACGUUUGGAGGGAUUGGUGUACUGGUUCCGGCUUGGGCCUCCACACCGUUCAAUUGAACAUUUUGAAAAGAGGUCUGAACCUUCUAAAAAAGGGCGGUAAGCUAGUCUACUCAACUUGUUCCAUGAACCCCAUCGAAAAUGAAGCUGUUGUGGCCGGAGCACUCAGACAUUUCGGCGAUAAGAUUAGACUGAUUGAUUGCCAGGAUCAGCUGCCAGGUCUUGUUAGAAGCCAAGGUAUUACUAACUGGCCUGUCAUCGACAAAAACUACGUCAAGAAAGAAAGAGGCGAUGAGGACACUCAUGCAUCUUGGUUUCCACCAACAGCCGAAGAGGCGCAAGAGUUUUGUUUGGAUCGGUGCAUAAGGGUCUACCCUCACCAACAGAAUACCGGUGGUUUCUUCAUUACAGUUUUCGAAAAAAUCGACGGCGAAGUUGAUGAACAAGCCAAGCGUGCCAACACAGAAGAGCAGCAAGAGCAGCUCAUUGCCGAGAAGAAACAGAAGGUAGAAACGGGUGCUGCCACACCAGUUACCGCACCUGCCUCUACAAAAAAAGAAAAACUUCCUAGAGACGCUAACGAAGAGCCUUUUGUCUUCUUGGAUCCUAAGCACCCUGAGCUGGAAAAGUGCUGGUCCUUUUAUGGAAUCGACGAUAAAUUCGACAAAUCUUCCUGUCUGGUUAGAAACGCAGCAGGAGAGCCGACUCGUGUCAUAUAUUAUGCAAGCUCAUCGUUGAGAAACAUUAUUGAGGCUAACGACGACAGAUUGAAAUUGAUUUAUUCUGGUGUGAAGCUUUUUGUGUCUCAAAGAUCUGAUAUCGAGUGCUCCUGGAGAAUUCAAAACGAAAGUUUACAAAUUAUGAAGCACCAUAUGAACCGUAACAGAGUUGUUGAUGUCAAUAUGGACUGUUUCAAAAUGCUACUGAUGGAAUCCUUCCCAAGAUUUGAAGAUAUGGAGAAAAGCCACAUCGAUGACUACUUUUUGAGCAAAAUGAAGACUCUAUCUGCCGGAUGUGCAUUCAUCAACGUCGAGAGAGGCGACGACAAGGAGAGCAUGUUUUUGCCUUUGUGGAACGGAAGCAAGUGUGUAAACUUAAUGGUGUGCAAAGAAAACACACAAGAAUUGUUGCACCGCCUGUUUGGCGACGAAGCUGCUCUGAAGCAGGCGGCUGCCGCAAAAGAAAAUCAGAAAGCAGCUACUUCGUCUGAGGAAGUCAAACCAAAAUCGGAGGAAGUUGAAUCAAAAUCUGAAGAAGCUUCCGCUCAGGUUGCCGAAGACGCUGCUCCAACGACCGAAGCCACAUCUUAA